UCUCAUUGGCUCACACGGGCCUCAUCGUUUCUCCCGCAGUGGCCAUAUUUGUUGAUGUGUCAUAUCAAAGUGACUUGUUGGGGCUGUAUGAAAGCUGGUCAAGGCAGGAAACCCCUUUAAACUUCACUUCUUUUAUCCCCGCUUGUCUCCAGCCGUUGACGUCCACCAUGGAGGUUUCGCACUCGAUUUGAACCAGGGAGGGACCACGGAACAGCCUGGUCCUGCUUCAGACACACACACCAUGGAGGGAUUAGAGGUCGAAUCCGCAUUGGAGGGAUCGCACCCGGUGAAUCAGCUUCAUGACAGCACAUCAAACGUAGAGGAAGAAGAUGAGGGACAGAUCUGUCACAACAGUGCAGAAGAAGCGGAAAAGUCCAGUCAGGCGAAAGAUGAAGCACUUGACGGCGAGUUAAUCAAGCCUGCGACAGAUGUUCAGACGGACACAAAGACGAAGUUGGAAGCUCAGAUGUGCAGUCAGGAACAUGCAGAGGGGAAUGAGCUGGAUGCUGAUACCGGCUAUGAUAGCGGUACAAGUCCUAUGGAAGGUGGCGAUGCUCUGGUAGCCCCAGUCACUACUUCGGAUGAUGUGGUAGAAAGCUCUCCUCCUGUUCUUGAAGGGACAACCUUGUUGACUUUUGAUGAAGUGAAAGAUUCAGAUGGCACCAAUCCAAACGGCAAUGAACAGCCAUCAGUAACGGCUACAAAUUGUUCCACAGAACCAGCACCUGCGAAUGAAAGCGGUUCAGCUGAGAGUCCAUCAUCCUCUUCUGUCCAGAGCGUUUCUAAAAACUCCCCAACUGACUCGACAACCACCUCUGGGAUCUCUAAUGGCCCUUCUACCCCCAGUUCAGACACUGUCAGCUCCUCGCUGGCUUCCAGCCCACAAACCAGUGCCAACACCCCAGCCCCCUCACAUUCCUUGUCGAGUCCGUAUGACACUGAUUGUAGCCGAAAGCUUAUUUCCCAGAUCCAGCGCUCGCUGUCACAGGAGUCCCUGCUGGAUGAGUUAGAGACAGAGCUUCUGGCCUGUCAGCUGCCUGAGGGUGGAAGCACAGGCGAGAGAAAAGGGAGCCCACCUGUCAACGGACUCCCUACAGACCAAGAGGGCUGCAUGGUGGUCUUUGAGAAGUGUGUGCAAUACAAGUAUGCACAGCAGGAGAAAGCUAUUCAAAGGUUGCUCGAGGAGAAUAAGAGGCAUCAAGAGCUGAUCCUGGGCAUCUGUUCAGAGAAGGAUAACAUGAGGGAAGAGCUGAAAAAGAGGGCAGAGACAGAAAAGCAGCACAUGGCCAACAUUAAAAAGUUGGAGGGCAGGGUGGAUGAGCUGCUGAAAGAACUGAAGGAGUCGAGGGAUAAACUGAUCCACCAGGACCAGGCAGCUAAGGUUGCCCUCCAGCAGAUGCAGAAGGAUAUGACCUACCGUGUAGAACAGGUGAACAAGAAGUGUGACGAGGCACGCCAGGAGAAGGAGGCCAUGGUGAUGAAAUACGUGCGGGGAGAGAAAGAGGCCCUCGACCUGAGGCGGGAUAAGGAGAGUUUGGAGAAGAGGCUGAGGGAAGCCACGAAGGAGGUGGACCGCCAGGCCCUGCGAGGAAACCAGCUGGCCCAGGAGAAAGGCCGGCUGCAGCAGCUAUAUGAUGCUAAGGAAGGUGAGGUUGGCAGAUUGACUCGUGAGGUGGAAAAGUUGAAGGAGGAGAUCAACUCGCAUCUUAUCAAAGUCAAGUGGGCCCAGAACAAGCUAAAGAGUGAGGCAGAUGCACACAAGGAAACUAAAGACAAACUGAGAGAGACCACAUCCAAAUUGGUCCAGGCCAAAGAAGAGACCGAACAGAUCCGCAAGAACUGCCAAGACAUGAUCCGAACAUACCAGGAAUCAGAGGAACUGAAGUCCAAUGAGCUGGAUGCUAAGCUGAGGGAGACCAAAGGGGAGCUGGAGAAACACAAGCAGGAACAAACAGACCAAUUAGAGGUGCACCGAGUGAAGGCCAAAGAGCUGGAAGACCUGAAAAGGAGUUACAAAGAGGGCAUGGAUGAGCUCAGUACUCUACGCACCAAGUUAAAGUGUCUAGAAGAUGAGCGUCCACGCUGGGAGGACGAGCUGAGUAAGUACAGGGAGAUCAUCAACCGGCAGAAAGCUGAGAUCGGCCGGCAGAGAGAAAAGCUGGACGAGAUCACGGCGCUCCAGGAUCAGCAUCAGAGCGAUAAACAAGAAAUCACGUCUCUGCGAGAGGAAGUGGACAGCCUGAGCGGCCAGAUGGCUGACCUCCAGCGUGAUGUACAAGGCAGCAGGGAGCGCGAGGCCGAGCUACUCGGCUUCACCGAGAAGCUGAGCAGCAAGAACGCCCAGCUCCAGUCAGAGAGCAACGCGCUACAAUCUCAGCUCGAUCAGCUCAGCGGCAACUUCACAGAGCUCCAGGCGAGGCUGGAGGAGACCAACAGGCUACUAGAUGACAAGUCACGGCAGCUGAAACAGGAAGAGGUGCUGAGGCAGCAGGAGGUGCAGGGCCUGCAGGAGGAGCGGACAGUGCUGCAGUCGGAGGUGGCCCAACUGAAAACCAGAGUUGAAGAGCUGAGGGACGAGCUGGUGACUCAGAAAAGGAAACAAGCUGCCAACAUCAAGGACCUGACGAAACAACUAACACAAGCUCGUAAGAGGCUGGAGCAGGUUGAGAAUGGAGGCUGUGACCGGGAUGCCAGCAGUAUGGGCAGUCGCUCAAGUUCCUCAGGUACUGCUCCUGGAUUUGGGUCCUUGAAUGCACGCCACGCCAGCAGCGUUGAAGAGCGGUCACCAGAGAGCCAGUCGAGCCCUUCAGUGGUCGUCGUGGACAGCUUCCCAGAGGUCGACAAGGCUGUGCUCGUGGAUCGCAUUGUCCGUUUGCAAAAGGCACUAGCUCGAAAGCAAGAAAAAAUUGAGUUCAUGGAGGAUCACAUCAAACAACUGGUGGAGGAGAUCCGGAGAAAGACCAAAAUUAUCCAGAGCUAUGUGCUAAGAGAGGAGUCGGGGGCCCUCUCAUCAGAGGCGUCAGACAUUAACAAAGCUCACCUGAGUCGGCGGGGAGGCAUCAUGGCUUCGCUUUACACCUCCCACCCGGCGGACAGCGGGCUGACCCUGGACCUGUCGCUGGAGAUUAACAGGAAGCUGCAGGCUGUGUUGGAGGACACACUGCUGAAGAACAUUACCCUGAAGGAGAAUCUGCAGACGCUGGGGGCCGAGAUCGAGAGGCUCAUGAAACAGCAGAGAGAUCCCGUAGACGGAGCGAGGAGGAAGUGACACAAACACCUAAACAGGAGAGAGGAAAUGGAGGACCGGGAAGUACUCAAGGAAUCCUCAUCCCACCAUUUUUUUUUUUUGAAGGAACAGAGAACUCGUUCUCCCAACAUGAAGGAGCAAAUUGAAUGUUGUUGUCAGCGCCAGUAGCACCUAAGGCUGCUUUAUGGAAGACCUUUAAACUUUUUGUCCAUUUGUCUCUUGAACAUACUUGAACUCGCGUCAUUAUUCCAUCCACAUCGCAACACCUCUGUUUCCUCCUCCAGCACAACAAAUCUUCCGAUCAUCUCCCCUGAGCCUUGCCAAGAUUAAAAAACCAAGUUGCUUCGAAAGCUCGAAACUCUGAUUGCCUUGUGAAAUGAAUUGACUUAAAGAUGCCAUAAUUGUGAAUGUAUAGCAAAUUCUAAGUGGGAAGUAGUAAAAAAAAAAAGCAACAACUGAUUUGCCAACAGAUUUCUCCUCCACACAGCGACUCACAGCUCUGUCCACCGUACAGUAACGGAGAUGACAUGAUCCUCGCCCAGCAUGCUCUCUCUCUACGUCUCCUCGUCUGCCAACAAACCAAAUGUGUUUUUGAAAAGGCUGCUUCUCCACAGCACUCCGUAUGCGAAAGUGAAAAAUCAUCCCUGGCUUGUGAGGUGGAGGUGGGGUGGGUGGGGAUCAUCUUUUGCUCUGCACAGCACUUACGACCAAUCUGGUGGAGCAAGGUGCUACGCCUCAGCAGACCCACCCGUCUUAAGACUUAAGGAAGCAGACUGUGUCUCUGCAUUGUUUUCACGCAGCCGACGACGCCGUACCAUCGGCAUGGAAGUAUCCCAAUGAAGUAAAUCUAUGACCGAUGCAUCAUGAUAAGGUUGAAAUGUAGAGCUGGUCUUUAGUUUGGCCAUUUUGAAUGUGAUUUUUAAUUUAUUUUCCUUUGUUAGCCUAUAAAAAAAUUUAUUUUAGUAUACCUGGUUAUCCAUUUAUUUGUUUAUUUCUUACACGAUUAUGACUCUCUGUUUUCUUUUGCUCUUAAUUUAAAAGCUCGAAUACCUUGAACGUUUCUUUUGCCCUCCCUUCACUGUAAUCUGUUCUGCAACUUCAUUUAGUAGCAACCGGCAACAACUUCUCCUAAUCAGGCGUGAGCAACAAAAGAUGUUGAUGUUUCAGCUUCCCCUUUAAAGUGCUUCGCUGGCAUCAUUAAUCCUCAUUUCAAACAGCAGGUGCGUACACGCACGAGCAGCUCGCGGAGACUUUCUUUGCACCGUGUGCACAAUAAGAUCUGGCGGGCAGGUAGCGAAAGACAAAAAAAA